GGCGGGAGCGGCUGGUGGCGAGCGAAAGGAGUGUCUGUGGGAGUUGGCGGCCGCUCUGUGCUUCUGCGUGGUGUCUGCGUGGCCGAAGGGGCCCGGUUGGUUUCCUCCCCCUGAGAUAAAUGACAGGGAUCUGAGCUUUCUUUUCAGGUUUUGUGGUUAAGCAGUCAAAACUUGACAGCCAUGGAACAAUACCCUGAUCUACAAGAGGAUUUGAGUUUGGAAGAUACAGCUGAAUCUCUUAAUCAGCUCAAACUGGCCUCCCUAGAUGAUAACAACUGGCCACCAGAUGAAGUUCCAGUUUUUCCAAAAUCAGAUGAUACAAAAAGCUCACCUGACUCUGUCACUCACUUGCGGUGGGAUGAUCCAUACUAUGACAUUGCUAGGCACCAGAUUGUGGAAGUAGCAGGGCAGGGUGCACUUCCUGGGGCACAGGCAGGUGAUGACAAGUAUGGGCGGAAAGUUAUUUUGUUCAGUGCCUGCCGGAUGCCUCCCAGCUAUCAGCUUGAUCAUGUGAAAUUGCUGAGCUAUUUGAAGUAUACAUUGGACCAAUAUGUGGAGAGCGACUACACCUUGGUGUAUCUGCACCAUGGCCUGACUAGUGAGAACAAGCCAUCACUAAGCUGGCUGCGGGAUGCCUAUCGGGAAUUUGAUCGCAAAUACAAAAAGAAUAUCAAAGCAUUGUAUAUUGUGCAUCCAACAAUGUUCAUCAAGACACUGCUGAUUCUCUUUAAGCCUCUGAUCAGCUUUAAGUUUGGACGUAAGAUUUUCUAUGCAAACUACCUGAGUGACUUGGAGGAACAUGUGAAGCUGGAACAGCUGGGGAUCCCAAGCCAGGUGUUAAAGUAUGAUGAAUACCUGAGAUCACUACAAAAGCCCUCUCAAAUGCCUCAAAAAGUAACACCACCUCGCCCACCAUUGCCUAACCAACAGUUUGGAGUUUCUCUCCAACAGUUACGGGAGAAGAGUCCAGACCAGAAUCCCACCCCACUGGUGAUCAAGGAAACAAUUGCCUAUCUACAGGAACAUGCUCUUACUACACAGGGGAUUUUUCGUCGGUCUGCAAACACACAAACAGUUAGAGAAGUUCAACAGAAAUACAAUAUGGGGCUGCCUGUGGACUUCCUACAGUAUGAUGAUGUUCAUCUUCCUGCUGUGAUUCUCAAGACCUUCUUGCGGGACCUUCCUGAACCUCUCCUCACUUUUGGCCUCUACAGCGAUGUUGUCAAUUUCUACAGCGUAGAAGAAGAGAAGCGUGUGGAUGUUGUUCGCAAAACACUCCAGACUUUGCCAGAGGAAAACUACCAAGUUCUUUGUGUGCUGGUGACAUUCCUUGUGCAGGUCUCUGCUAACAGUGACAUCAAUAAAAUGACCAACGCUAACCUAGCAGUAGUUUUUGGCCCAAACCUAUUGUGGGCGAAGGAUGCUGCCAUUACCCUCAAAGCCAUCAAUCCUAUCAACACCUUCACUAAGUUCCUAUUGGACAAUGAGAAGGAGCUUUUCCAGAAUAUGGAUGCUUGAUCCAGAGUCUGUCUGAGCUACCACACCUUCUGUGUCUACUACGACCAUCUAUUUUCUCCUCCCCCUUUUCCUUUCUAUUGUCUUGGAGCCGUGGCCAAGUUUGGGAGAACUCUGGAAGAUAAGCAGAGUGAAAGAGGGCCUUUCUGUAUGUAUGAGGGAGAGCAAGGGAUGGGCACAAUGCAUGAUUAUGCGGGGAGUGAGAAGCAGGCUUCCCUAUCUAGAUCUAUCCAAGUUCUGCCUUGGGUUGUCUGUCUGAGAUGCCAGUAACCAGUUUGCUCUUGAAUGCUACAGUGCCCUUCUUUUUCCAGUUUUGUUUAAAAAACGAAAUGGCUCUUCUUUGUGCCUGUGUAAUCUGGACUAAUGCAUUUCGCUGCAGUGACCCUUUGGCGGGCAGAUCUUUCUGUUUUUCCCCCCCUCCGGCUUGUGUUGUCUCGCCACAUGUUCCCAAGGCAUAUAGUCCUGAGCAUUCUUCUGCUGGAAGCGGGUGACUGCAGCUGAAGAUAACCAAUCUUCUACUCUUGAUUAAUGGAAAAAUGAACUCAAAGUCCAAGGGCCACAAGAGAAGAUUGUACUGUCUUGGGGAUGCUCACUUUUCUUACUAGUUACUUGUAUUGCUGUUUGUAUAUUUCCAGGAACUCUGGCACUUGUUGUAGAUGCCAUUAGAAUUUCCCUAUCUUUAUACAGUUUCCCUCUGAUAUUAUGGAGCUCACUUACUUCACCGUCUUUAUAGUACCCUUCUGCAGAAACCAUCUCUCCUAGCAGAGUUUCUCUUUCAAACUGGCUUUGCUAGCAAUCCUUUCUUGUUUGAGAGAGAACAAUGGUCAUUUUGUUUGUUUUUAGAUUGGGGCCGAUUCUUUGCCCUUAAAUCUAUAAAAAUUAUAAAUGGGUUCUAUCUGCCCAGGUGGCAUUAUCUCCCCAAACUGCCAAAGUCGAAGAUCAAGCUGCCAAAGUCACAUUCUCUGGAGCAAUCUGCCAUGGAUGGGUCCAUCCCGUGUGCUUUCCCCAAAUGGAAAGUUACAGCAUUCUUUUACUGUUGCUGGUGAUACCCCCUUCCCUUUCCAUUUUAAAUCUUUUGCUCUAAUAACCCAAUGUGACUAAAGCACAGGCACUGUGCACACUGGGAGACACUUACGUCCCUGGAUGCAGAUGCCUUUCCAUUUGGAAUUGGGGCCUCUUUCACCGAAAGGUUGAUCUCUAAAGCCAAACCUUAUGCAGGAACUACCCUGCCCUUUAUUCUGGGGUUUGUUGUUCUGAUGUUUGGAUGAGCAUUAAGUUUUUCACAUUUUAGGACAGCUAUCUUCAUGUCCUUGGAGAACUCAUAGUUUUUUCUGAUAUUUGCAGAUUUGGUGUAUUUGGCACAUGAAGACAUGAGUAUUUCUGUCUUUUUCUAUGAAUAGAAUUGAUAUUACUGCUUAGCUGUGGUUGGUGUUCAGGCCAUGUGAUUUGUUCCUGUUUUCAUCCUAGAGAUCUGAAUCGGUCUGGACUUUGAACCAAGCUUAGCCAUUAUCCAAGCACAGAUGUUCUAAGCCAUUACGAAAAUCAAAUGGUUUCCUACUGGAUAUGCAGCCAACUUUGCUUUUAACUUGGAUGUUAAGAGUACUUUUUCAUGAUAUAUUUCUGUAACUGUCUUACACUGUGAACUGUCUUACGCCUAUUUGGUCUCAUGAAGCUUAUAAACAAACUUGGUAAAAUAGUAGGAUUACUGUUCACAAAAAGGUCAGCAGUGUUUUAUGGCUAUUUAGAACCAGAAAUUUCCAGUACCAGUUAAAUUCUAGGGAACUCAGCAAAGAAGCUGUUUUGUAAAUGUAGAAUCAGCUUUUUAAAAAAUCUAAAUGAAAAACUCUGCUGUGGUCUUUAUUGACAAACGAGAGCCAAUAAAUAUGCUAAGAUUAUCAGUGGUUGUACUGUCACCACAUCCAGUGGAUUAGCUCUUUAUAUUAGUGUGCUAGUUCUUGGUAGUCGUCCAAAUACUUUAAGAAAUGGUAAACCAAGGUAUUUGGAGCAGGACUAUCAAGAAUUCUUGCCUCUUAGUGUUUCUUACUGAGUUUAGAAUGGUUCAAUAAGGAUGAAACUUUUAUCAGGUGGCUACUUCUUGAUAACGUUUCACCCCCUUCCCAUUGUAGAAAUCUAUAGUCCAUGGCAGUAGGCCUCUUGAGGUGCCUUGCCAAUAUCUGCUGUCUUAUAUGUCUUUAGAAGUGGGGCAGUGGAAAUAGUGAUGUGCUCGGAUUCCAGUUUUGCCAGUCCUCAUUCCACAUUCCUCGGGUGGAGAGGAAAAGGCAGCUGUUUUUCAUGGAAACACUUGUGAGGAAAAGACCCUAAAUAUGAGGGCCUGGGGCUGCUGGUUCAGCUACUGUAUCCUUUCACUUUAAAAAGUCUCAAGUGAGGCAAGGAGUAAAGAGCAUUUGAGUAAAGAGGAGUGCCCUUUGGUAAGCAGUUACACUUUUUAUAAAUCCCAUCAGACACUUAAAACUUCUAAGUGAGAUUUUUCCUCCUCCUGUCUGUCCUAUUACAAAGCUCUGUGUUGCUAGGUACUGCACAUAAUGCACACGAAGUUCCCUGGAAGUGAGCCACUGUAAAUAGCUGUUAUUUCCCUCCCUUUGCUGGAGCUGCCAGGAGGACUGGAGCACAUGAUUGCUUCCCCUAUUUUCUUUGUUUCUCACCCGCUCAACUCAUCUUCCCUUUUCCAGUCACUGUAGCUGCUCUGUGGAACUGUGUAUUGGGCUUGAUUGCACCCUAUUAAUGGUGUCUGGAUUUUUUGCCAUUUAGCAUUGAACUACAUUCUUUCACCAUCCCUACCAUUGGGGUUAGAGUGAUAAGCAUCCAAGCAGGCAGUUAAGAUUAUGGGAUCAGCAUCUUAUGGGACCAGCUAUGUCCUUUCCCUCCCCUCUCAUCAUAGAGGCUGAUAGCAAUGGCUAAACUUUUUAUCCUUCUGUGUUCCCAGUGAGACACCUACCUGGUUCUGCCUAACUGCUUAGCUUCAGUGUUAGGAAUUACUGACCAUAAUGCUUCUUUGGAUGGUGGACUUUGUCUCCAUUAUAGCCUUUGCUUUCUUGAUAAAGGCAAUUGGUGUCUAUGUGGUCCCUGAACACAUUCAGAGUCCUUGCCUCUAGCAGUCCUUCCUGUGUCUGUACUGAAAAGAAUUUUUGGGGGAUGCAUCUAACAGUGAAACCAAAUAGAUGCCUUAUGGUAAGUGUUCCUGACUCAGCAGAGGUCUUUCACAGCCAAGUGGCCCCUCAUUGCUUGCUUGAUCACUGGGGUCCUUAUACACAAUUUACAGCUUUGCUUUUUGUUGGUGUUACCCCCUGCUUUUUUCAUUCUCAUGAUUAAUGUUUAUUGGAAGCAGGACUCGGGUUUGUACUGUGAACUUAUUUCACACAUCUUAUGUUUAUUUACUUCUGAAAGUACCAAUCUUGUAUUUCACCAUUUGCACUUUUUGUAUUUCAAUAAAAACCCAACGCCAA